GUAAUUCAUUAUUAUAUUAUGUAAUUCAUUAUUAUUAUUGGAUAGUCCUGUGUAGUUGCCGUGCUUCAAGAAUUUAUUUUCUUUUAACUAUGCCCAUCAAAGAUAGUGGCCGGAUCCAAUAGACAGAUGCUCUUCUGAAAUAUUUUCCUUCUACCUUUGUACAUCCCGGGCCAUUUUUACAGCGAACUUAUCCACAUCAGCACCAUGUCCAAGCCCACCAAGUCCAGGAAAGAAGUGCACCUUCCAAAACAACUGUCAUAUGAAAGUGCAAUAGAUGCUUUUGCAUCAGUAAAGAGAAGAUGGAGCGGGUGCAUUAGAAUACAAGGAAACUCAACCGAAAUGUUGUUUCCGGGGGAGAGAAAAACAGCACUCAAGUGCUAGUGUGUGUGUCGUCCUUCAACGUGGAUCAGAAGAACAGUUUAUCCUUCAAUGGCCCGCUGGAGGAAAUGUUUGGCUACACUGUCCAGCAGUUUGAAAACAGUGAGGGAAAAUGGGUUCUGAUUGGAUCACCACUUUCGGGCCAGCCUGCAAAACGAACAGGCGAUGUCUACAAGUGUCCUGUGGGCACAGGGAACAGCACAUGCGUUAAACUACUGCUGCCAGAAAACACUACUGUUCCCAACUUACAUGAAGUCAAGGAAAACAUGACCAUGGGAACCACACUCGUGACCAAUCCCAGCGGCGGAUUCUUGGCAUGUGGUCCACAGUACGGCUACAUGUGCGGUCAGCAGCAAUACAUUUCAGGGGUGUGCGCCAACGUCAGUUCGUCCUUCCAGGUUCUUAACUCUGUGGCACCUGGCGUUCAAGAGUGUGCAAAGGAGCUGGACAUUGUGAUUGUCUUAGACGGUUCUAACAGCAUCUACCCAUGGAGCAGCAUCAUCGAUUUCCUUGUCCGAUUCAUUGAGAACAUUCAGAUUGGACCCAAACUUUCACAGGUGGGCAUUGUGUCUUAUGGCGAGACGGUGACCCACCGUGUUAACCUGAGCCAGUUUGACAACACUGCCCCCCUGCUGGAUUUCGUACGUGAACUCCCACAGCAGACUGGCUUCAAAACAAUGACUUUCUUGGGCAUCGACACUGCCAGGACGGAGGCAUUCAUGCCAGAACGAGGUGCCCGGCCAGGUGUAAAGAAAGUAAUGGUUAUCGUGACAGAUGGCGAGUCGCACGAUUUCUACAACCUCAACAAAGUCAUUGGUGACUGCGAGAAGGAUGGCAUCGAGAGGUUUGGGAUCGCGGUUCUGGGUGACUACAACCGCCAGAACAAGAGCGCUGAAGAAGUGAAGAAAUUCAUCAAUGAGAUUGCAUCCAUAUCUAGUGAGCCUCUACGGGACCACUUCUUUAAUGUGUCAGACGAGGUGGCACUGUUGACCAUCGUGGACGCGCUAGGCAGCAAGAUCUUUGCCCUGGAAGCUACGACUGGCAAUUUCACCUCAUCUUUCGACAUGGAAAUGUCGCAAGCUGGGUUUAGCGCGCAUGCUUCUAAAGAAGGCUUGCUACUGGGAGCAGUGGGAGCCUAUGACUGGAACGGAACAGUAAUAACGCAGACUGACAUGGGAGCCAUUUAUCCAGAGAAAAACCAUUUUUUUGACCCUGAAAGCGAAGCUGGGUAUGAAAGAUUGGCUGGCUAUCUCGGUUACGACGUCCAGUCAGCGUCCACCCCCGAUGGGGUGCUGUACAUCACGGGCGCGCCACGGUACAACCACACAGGCCGUGUUUUUAUCUACAAACUGAAGGGCAAGGAUGUUGUUGUGUCGCAGACACUGGAAGGAGAACAGAUUGGUUCGUACUUUGGGAGCGUAUUGCAGACUCUUGAUGUUGAUGGCGACUCAUACACGGAUCUCCUCUUGGUUGGCGCUCCUAUGUUCAUGGGUCCUGACAGAGAUGAGCAGGGCCUAGUGUAUAUCUACAAGCUACAGCAGAACGGACACUUUGACUAUGAGUUUACGCUAAAGCCGAUCAAUCAGUCAUGCUGCAGCGGCAGCUCGUCCGACUGCACGCACAAAAAUGAGCCUUGCGGCGCACGCUUUGGCACUGCCAUCGCCGCCGUGUCGGACCUUAACUUGGACGGCUUCAAUGAUGUGGCCAUAGGAGCGCCUUUUGAGAAUGACCACAAGGGGGGCGUAUAUAUCUACCAUGGGGACAGCAAGCGUUCGCUCAAGGAAAAGUUUGUGCAGCACAUCCCAGCGGGCGGAAAUGACGACAAGAUGAAAUUCUUUGGGCAAUCUAUACAUGGAGUCAUGGAUCUCAAUGGAGACGGAAUCACUGAUGUGACUAUCGGGGGUCUCGGAGGGGCCUCGUUAUUCUGGUCCAGAGAUGUGGCAGAGCUUCGAGCCAACAUGACGUUCGACCCUGCCAAGAUCAACCUGCAGCAAGUCCAGUACCACUGCGACCCGGGACGAAAAUCCGUGUGCGUUACCACCAGUGUAUGUUUUGUCUAUAGUAUCAAAUCCGACAAGCAGGACCUUGCAUCCAAAGCAGUGAUUCGUUACGAAUUGACACUGGACGCUUUACGGCCGAAAGCCAGGGCUUCUUUUCUCAACCCGGACGACAAGAGUGACCGACGGAUUUCUAGAACAAUUACUGUUGAAGACCGACAGAGGAUUUGCGCAAAGGAAAUGUUUAUUAUGUCGGCCCGACUGGACUUCCGAGACCCUCUCUUGGUGUCGCUGGACUUUGGACUGGCUGACGAAGAUCAAGGCCCUGUCCUAGAUGAAAGCCUGCCCACAUCCAUUAACAAGACGAUUCCACUGGUGGACUGUGGCAGCCACGAGCGGUGCGUCACUGACCUUUCCCUCCAAGCAGAGCCCAGCGUGAAAAGUUUGGUGAUUGGCGCUAAGAAGGACAAACUGGACGUGAACAUCCGUGUGAGAAACAGCAAAGACAAUGCUUACAAUACCAAAGUGAUCGUCAGCUUCACGCCCAAUAUCAAUUAUGUCAAAGUGGAGCCGGAAAAAGACUGCACUCUAAAUCACACCAAAGUGGAAUGCGCCGUGGGGUACCCCUUCUUGGGAAGCAAUGAGGAGGAAGCUUUGAAGGUCAAGUUUGAGGUCAAUCCCAAUCACAUUCAUCACAACAUCCAAAUCAACGUCACAGCCACAAGUGACAGUGAAGAGUAUACUUCCACUCUCAAUGACAACAUGGUGUACAUCUCCAUCCCUGUCAAGUACGAGGCUGGACUCGUGUUCACUGUGCGUCCGGUGGACGAACAUGUUGUAGUGAAAGAGGGGGAGAAGUACUUGGCAGUGUUCAACGACACCCGUAUGAUCGGCGAGGAGGUCAACAUCAGCUUUACAGUGGAGAAAGCAGGUGAAAUGGUGACUCCCCCCCUUGAUCUGAAGGUGACCUACCCUGAGCUGUCGCCUCGUAACAAUUACCUACUGUACUUGACGCACAUCGUCACCAGCCCGCAGAUGAAAUGCGACGCGGCUGCUUUGAUCAACCCGCUUAAUCUCAACCCGGAUGUUGUUAAACCCAAUCCGAACAAAGAAACACUUGGUGUAUUUCUACUGAGCUGCGAGAACCUCCCGUGCGCCUCGUUUAAAUGCUUGAUCCCCGAGGCCAAAGUUAGCCAGCUCAAUGUCACCUUCAGAGUGUGGAAACCCACAUUCAUCAAGGCGGACUUUUCCAAUCUGUAUAUGCUGGUAAACGCCACACUGGGGAGCAGAAACACAGAUCUGUUUGUAUUGAGCGCUAGUGACAUCAGCAGAACUGUGAAGAUCCAAGUCUCCAAGGAGAGCUUAGGUGGUAUCCCGAUAUGGAUCAUCAUCAUCAGCAUCCUCAUAGGUCUACUCAUCUUAGCGCUAGUCAUCUUCGCUCUAUGGAAGAUGGGCUUCUUUAAGAGAAAAUCUCCAGAGUUCUCCAAGGAGGAAAUGAUGGAUUGAAGUUUGCAUGCAAACAGGAAGUGAGCGCCGCUUCUGGAGUCACUUAAAAGAGCAGAAAAAAAACAACAACAAAAAAACACUGAUUGUGUGACAACGCACAAUGACUACCUUGGAGUACAUAAAGCCAUUCAAUGGAGCCUAUCACUGAUAUGGGCCGGGUCCAUGUUUGCAUUUGGACUGUUCUGCACUUCAACUGAAGAAAAUAUUGCACUUUUUGUUUGCUAUGAACAUCUUAAGUGGCCACGUCAUCAUAUGUGUACUGUACAGACUUUUUUCCUUCUUUCUUUUUUACUUAUAACAGAGGUGGGGCACUUUUUUCAGUGUCUUUGAAUUCUUUAUUAUUCUAUUCCAUUUAACUGACUUUUGAGUUUAUUGGCAUGUCUGAAAACGCAAUGAUUUGGACACAAAUGUAUCUUAGUGAAAAUACAGGGGACCCACAGACCCAAACAAAUUUGGGUGGGCAAGUCUUUAGUCCAUUAGAGGACAUAUAGAGAUCCAUGCUUGAAAUUUAGCAGGGUGGUGGCCAUUUUGGUUGAAUUACCUGGAAAAGGUGCUAAGUUGGUUAGAAAAAAUAAUUUCACCAAAGAAUAUGAAAUUAUGUGCAUAUGUCUGUCAUGGGUUGAACAAAAAUAUCUCAAGACCCCGUAAGUCGGCCAUUUAAAAAAAUUUUUUUUUUUUAAAGGUGCCCUAGAAUUUUGGGGAAACAGAGCACUUAAGAGUUUCAUCCAUCAACAUGUCAAUUUUGACAUAGGAAGUAGGCCAUUUUGACUCAAAUUAGUCAAUUGCAGUGCUGGUACUGUGAUUAAUUCCUACUAGACAGUUGGCGCAAAAUUGCUACUUCAAAUGCGGAUUAUCCGCUCAUUGACUUCAUUAUGUAUUGAGCGGACAUGGGCGUGGGGCCGAUAAAUAGGGGGCCUGCAUUGUUGGCGAGACUGUCAAAGCCGACCGAGUGGAAUCACAGACAAAGAGCUUUUUUUGUUGAAAAUUCUUGUGAAUAAAUGCUUAAAUCCCCGAAUUCUUUAUAGAUAUGGACAUAAAGCAGUCUCGAUUCUUGGUUAAAAGCAACAACAAAAAAAUGUGCAGUUAGCGUUUAUUUUACGUAAAUAUGUCGAAGUACAGUGCUAGUCUGUUAGGGAAUGUAGCUAGCGGCCGCCUGGUGUAAACAAAGCUUUUCCGGUGAAAAUUCUUAUGAAUAAAUGCUUAAAUCCCAGAAUUCUUCAUGGAUAUGGAUGUGAAACAGUCUCGAUUCUUGGUUAAAAGCAACAACAACAACAAAAAAAACAAAAAAAACAAACAAACAAAAAAAAAAACGUGCAGUUAGCGUUUAUUUUACGUACAUAUGUCGAAGUACAAUGCUAGUCUGUUAGUGAAUGUAGCUAGCGGCCGCCUGAUGUAAACAAAGCUUUUCCGGUGAACGUUCUUAUGAAUAAAUACUUAAAUCCCCGAAUUCUUCAUAGAUAUGGACGUAAAACAGCCUAGAUUCUUGGUUAAAAGCAAAAAAAAAACGUGCCGUUAGCAUUUAUUUUUCGUAAAUAUUGUGAACUAUGAUGCCAAUGCAGUAGCGGCUAAUUUCUCCCAUUGAUUUUUUUUCACAAUGUUUCAAAAUGCAUCCAUGGUACGAAAAAUAUAAUUACCUUGAAUCCUCGAACAAAUAACUCCUGGGACAAUCCUUUCUGUUUGUAUGCGGUACAGCUUUCGAACUUUUUCAACAGAAAUCCGGCAGAUCGCUGUGCGUGUGUGUUUGUGAAUAGCUCCUCUUGAUGUGGGCGGCCCCCUACUUGAAUGCGAGGAGCAGUGCAUGACCGAUCUGAUCCGUCAAUACAUUAUGAAGUUUAUGACCUGCUUUAUUUUUGGCAUGGAUCCUUGCGACGUUUUGAGAAAAUGAGUGUGAUGACAUAAAUAGCUUCCCUCCACUCCAAUCAUUAGUGCUUUUAUGAUGUGGCUGAAGGUUGCCCUGCCUUAGAGACACUGUACUUGUAAUUUCAUGCAUGCUAGCGUCACGGCACAUUACUUCACAUUCAGUUUUGUUUAUUUUCUGCAAAAAAACAAACAAAAAUAUCAGAAAAACUAUUUUUGUGUACUUUGUGUGGCCUUUUCUUCAGUCCCACAAAGCUGCUUGUACUGUAAAUCUUAUAAAAAUGAAGCUUUAAAAUGUAAAUAAUUGUAUUUUUGGAAGGUGUUGUUGUUGCAAUAAUUCCUGUUAAUUAAGAGAUGUCAUACACAAGCCUAGUUAUGUUUAAGUGCUCAGGUAUUAUCACAUAUACAAUAUCAUAGACACUAAUCAAACGUAGAUGACAUCAAGGUAGGAUGUAUAUAUCAAAUAUGAAUUUAUUUUAGUUAGGAAAUGAAAGAACAGUAUAUGAGACCUCAGAAGUUGAUUUCCCAUAGCAAUCAUGUAUAAAAGUGCCUAAAUGGCAUUUUCCUUCAUGGAGGGAGCAUUUCAUACACAACACUGUACAGUAUGUGUGUUUGGAGUCUCUCCAUACAAUAAAAUUCAAGGCAGCUCUGCUUACUUUUUGGCUUUAAAGAUAUCAGUGGUGCAGUGUCUAAAAUAUUAGAUUUUAAAAAGUAAAAUUUUUGUUUUCAAUCAUUAACUAUUAACCGUGAUAGAUGCUUUUCUGGUAUUGUCUAUUGCUUGUUUUAUGGUAAUUAUCAGAAUUUUUCUUUGUGCCAUCCAUUUUAUUCUUUGAUUUGGAACUUAUGAGGCCUAUUUUUUUCCAGCAAAUUUCCCUUGAACUGUAAAUUGCACCACAUUGGAGGUUCUGCUGUAUCUUUCUUUUGUAUUGAAAAUCUUUUCUUUGCAAUUAUACAUUGAUCGUUUUAAUGUUUGGAGGAUCAGCCAAUGUGACACCAUAUUCUGCAAAACCUUGCAAGUACCGUAACAAACUUUCCCCUUUUCUUUACCUUUCACUUUUAAGCACAACUGGUUUGUACAGAUGGUCUUUUUAGAAAUUUCUAUUUUGGGUUUUGGCUCUUUGCAUAGAGAGACUGAAUGUGGUCUGGAAUCACUUUAUUUUGUAAGAGCUCAAAGCAAAAUGACACUGCUGUGAAGUCUUCAAUGUGAUGAUGCACUGGUUUGUGUUGUCGGGCUGUCUGGCUUCCUGGUCAGCACACACACCAACUGAAUGAAUGCUCUGUAUGAAAUAAAAAGCUUUGUUUUUUUAA